AAUUUUUCUCACAUCCAACUUUAUCUUCUCUGCCCUCAUCUUCCUUCACUAAUUACAGUUGUGCCACUCUGGUUAUGCUAGCUUCCUUGGACCGGCGAGAAAGAUUUUGAAAAGCCGCAGAUUUGCUAAGCAUGCCGGUUGUAAACUCGAAGAACGCUAACCGGAAAGGAGCCACCGGAGGAGAAACCGAGAAGAGUCGCCGAGGAAAGCUACAGGAGAAAGCGAUGUCGUUCCACGGCAGAGGAACGAUGCCUCAUCCGAAUCCAGGAGAGCUUCGAAGGCCGAAGACUCUACCGGAGUUAUUCUCCAGCGGUCGAACCGCCGCCGUCGAACCGGUGUCUUCUAAACCGCCGCGUCUGACGAAACUGCUCCUCAACGUGACGGUUCAGGGGAGUUCAGGAGCUCUGCAGAUUAUAAUUUCGCCGGAAUCCACCGUGGACGAUUUGAUCGACGCUGCGGUUCGUCUUUACGUGAAGGAAGCUCGCCGACCUUUCUUACCGGAAUCUGAACCGUCCCGGUUUGAUCUCCAUUACUCGCAAUUCAGCCUCGAAAGUAUAGGAAGAGAACAGAAGCUGAUCUCGCUUGGGUCAAGGAACUUUUUCUUGUGUGGUCGGAAAGAGAACGGAGGAUUGGUCCGGAGUGGAUCGUCGGAGUCUUGUUCAAAGGAAGCAGAGAAAGCGGGGAAAACUGGUUUUCACUGGCUCAAAUUCAUGGGUUUCUAGACGUUUUUUACCAUUUUUAAAUUUAAUUCAAACUUCUAUUUUUAUUUUUUUCAUUUUUUUAGGAAAUAAAUAUUGAUUUAAGGAAACUUCGUGUUACCUUCCUAGGAAGGACAAAAAGAUAGGGAUUGUUUGCUCUAUUAUAUGAGUCAAACGUUUAAAAUCUGUGUACAUAUAUCUAGUAUUCUAGUUUACAAAAAAAAAAAUAUAUAUAUCUAGUAUUCUAGAUAAGAAGAAACAAAGAGAAAAAAAACAAAGUCAUUAGCUAGUGGGGUAUAAUGUAUUUUUAAUCAAAUUAUAUGCCAAUAAUUGUAAUCGUUUUUUGUUCAUUUUUAUAUCUGUUGUUUGUAAGAAAUGUGGUUCGGACU